AGUUCUGCUCUGUGGCCUGUGGCCUCGGGCUGCGCGUGGCUUGGAGAAGCCUCAUCCGCCGCGAUGUCUGGCGAGCAGGGCGUGGGGCAGGGCGACGGCAUGAGCGCCGACGGCCCGCCCUCGCUGUCGCUGGAGGUGCGCGCGGUGAUCGCCCAGGAGCUCGAGGAGGAACACGGAGGCGAUAGUGACAUGGACCUCUCGGACGGAGAGAUAGUGGGCCUCCGCGAGCAGCUCAUCCUUCGGUCGAGGUCAGGCGCCGAGGUGUUAUACACCGCGCCUGCGGGGUCCGCCCCAGUGGAGGGGGAGUGGUCAGUCGCUGAGGACGACCGCUCUGGGCCCGUUCGCAGCGCCUCCGACGCUCCCGCGACGCCGCGCUCUGAGGCGCCGCGUGGGGGCUCGGCCUCCCCUGGUUUGGGAGUUGGCUCGGCGCAGGGCGGGUCACCUCUUGGGUGGAUCUGCAGAGGGUGCUUGGCGCCCAACAUGUGCGGGCUCGAGUGCGACCAGUGCGGGCUGAGGAACCCAGAGCUGCUGUACUCCGAGGACGACGAGGACGAGGAGGAUGAGGAGCUGGAGGAAGCAGCAGCCAGUGACGAUCGCCCAGGAGGCGAGGAAGAGAGCGAGGAGGAGAUGGCGGUGGACGCCCCAGAGGAGGACGUGCCGUGGGCGGCUGUGCUGGACCGCGGCCGCGUGGUCUGGGCAGGGCCCGUCGCAGAGGGAGGGCCGAUCGUCCAGGCGGGGGCUCCCGCGGCGGCUGCGGCCGAGGAUGAUGUCGACGAGUUCGGCGGGCUCGCGAUCAACGGGCACCCCUUCACCCCUGCGCAGCGCGGUCGCCGCGUGAUCCACGUGACGCAGUUGGAGGACGGCAGCGAGCAGCACGGGGAGGUGGCUGCGUUUCUCGGCCUGAGCGAGCCGUCGUCCUGCGCUUGGCGGGAGCUGCGGGCGGUGCUGCCAGAGGCGCUGCAGCUGGCUCGGCGGGUCCUGGAGUCGAGGCGCCCGUGCGUUCGGGGCCUGACGCUGGCCGCGGGCCGAGUGGGCGAGGCCACCUCAAGGCUCGCCAUCGGCGCGGAGGAGCGGAGGCCUGUCUGGCUGUUGCGCGCCAUUUCGAACGCGUUCGAUCCUACGGGCACGAUCAUCGGGAUCGUGUGCCUGCACGUGGACGACUUCCUCAUGGGCAUCAAGCAGGGCGACCCGGAGGGCGCCAAGAUCAUGAAGGACCUGCAGAAGGAGAUCGACUUUGGCGAGGUCAAGUACGCGAGGAAAGAGCAGGCGACGUUCUGUGGCCGGGCCUACAAGCAGGACAAGGACGGCAGCAUCAACGUCACCAUGGAGGCCUACGUGAAGAGUGGCAAGUACGAGGGCGACAGCUACGAGACGUUCUACACGAAGGCUAAGGCAGCUGAGGCAGUGGAGGCUCAAAAGGUGCUCACCCAGCAUGCGCAGAAGUUUCUCCAGGAGUUGCAGGAGAAGGCUGCAGCGCAGGACCGUGAGGUGCGAGCCCUCGAGCAGGAGCUGCGCCGCACGAUGCCCGAUGGCGGGGUCAACGCACCAGUGCAGGUGAAGCUCGAGCUGCCAACCGUGGUCAUGGAGAGCGAAGAUAAACGGCCCCAGCGGGCCCUCCCGCUCCUUCGGCUGAUGUGGUACCUCCAGCACCUGAAGCCGCAGAUGUUCCCAUGGAUGGUUUUUCUCCUGAGGAUGUGGAUCGGCUUCUCACUGUCACGGGCGACAAGCGCGCUUUCGAGCAGUGUCUUCAGGAGACGGGCGUCAAAAGGGCACGAGUCGCUGCUUCUGCGGCCGCAGGAGCAGGGUCGGAUCAUCUCUGUCAUGGUUGACAUACCCGAGUGGCCCUCUUUCGCCGUCUACUUGGCGUACCUCCACACCUGUGCUGGUCUUGACCAGGCCAAUAUGCACAUCCUGAGGAAGCUGGGCACAUCGGUCGAGGAGACCUCUGCUGGCGACAUCUUUAACGACGCUGAUGUUAGGGUGUGUGCCAUCGGUGCCUUCGGCAACUUUGUGAGCAGGCCCUUCGAACGCGACGUGAACGGUUUCGAGCCUUCAAACUUCGGCACUCUCGAGUUCUCUGUUUUCGCAGGCUCUGGUGUUGCCAUCGCCCUGAAGUUCGAGAG